AUCCCAUCCCAAGCAGCUCUACUGCACUCAAACCAUCCUCCUCAACGAUACCUCCCUCUCUCUCUCCUCCCCCCUUUCUCCAUGCAGAAAACAGGCUGGUGCCAUAGGGAGAAGGCAGUGCUUGUGACAGUAUACACCAUAAAGCCAACUAGGACAAAGGCUUCAUCAAAUAUAAAUCACCACCACCACCAUCAUCAUCACCACUAUCACCAUGUUUACCACAGCCCAACACCACGUUCAAGUGUUGGCUACAACCGGAAAGCUGAGCUGCUUCGAUAUGCGCAGCACCUGAGGGCACUUGCCCAUGGUGCAACGAUGGCGCCGGGUCACCGCAUAACAUACUCCAAUACUCCUGAGAAAAAAUCCAACAAGUUAGUUCCAGUUUCUCGCAAGCACAAAUACAGGAGAACUCCAACUUGCUUUGGUGACUGGAAGAAGAUAUUGCUGCCAAGCAUUGUUCCCAGAUCUCUUGCAAGCUUUCAAGAGAAGAAGAAGAGGAGGAAGAAAGGGAGUGAAUCAACGAGCAGCAAGAUGAGCACCAUAGUGAAGAGCUUAACAGCACUGAAGCAAGGACUUGUCAAGAAGCUUCUUUCGGCGUUCCCAAAGCAAAAGUGAGGUUUAGCUAGUUCAACAUUCAGCUAAUUUGGCCAAGUUAGAGGUGGGAUUACUCACCAUCAAUACAAAAUCAAGAUGUAGGAAUCAAGAAGGUUGAGUACUGGGGUGAUGUCCUAAGAGAUUGAUCUAGUAGU